AUGCCUCAACAAAAAAUACGUUCAAAUUCAACCUUAGCAUGUGUAAAUUGUAAAUGGAAACAUGUAAGAUGCGAAAGAUUUCUUCGGGGAGAUACCUGUAAAAACUGUAGAAAAUACAAUCGAUGCUGUAUUUAUAUGCCGGGUAACAAACGUGGACCAAAACACAAACAAGAUACUAGAUUUGCAAAUCGUCAGCCUUUUUCAAAUAUUGACCCUUAUGAAGCAGAGUAUUGGAAACAAUUCACACUUAAUAUUGAAGACAGUUCAUAUCCAGUACCGGAAGCAGCUUAUGAUCAAUAUCAACUCAUGCCUAGUGUCGAUAGCAAUUUAUAUCAAAUACCAAGUAUAGCUUAUACUCAAUAUCAAGAGCAGUUCACAUCAAAUAUCGAGAAUAGCUCACAUCCAUUGUCGGAGACUACUGAUUUUCAAAAUGAAUUCAUAAAUGAACCCACCUUAUUGUCUUCCUCUUUUGAUCAAGAUGAAUUAAUGCCAAAUAAUGAGCAACAUAUAUCAUCCUCUAAUAUUUCUACUAGUAAUUUAGACAGUUUCUUCCCUUUCACAACUCAACAUUCUUAUAAUAAUAUUGGCUUUUGUGAUACUAUUAAAGCAUCCCAAAAUACAUUCGUUGACCAAUCCACCUUAAUACUUUCCUCUUUCGUUCAUGAACAAAAUAUCACAUCAUCAUUUAAUUCUCUUUCUACUUUAUAUCCUAAUAUAUAUUCUUCCUUUUCUAUUUCCGAAGAAUCAAUGCCAGAUAAUGAUCUUUCAACUAUUAACCCAUAUCAAAAUAUCACGUUCAUCCUCUAA